AUGUCUUGCUCUUCGUUCUUUCGUGAUGAAGCGCAGAACGCUGACACGGAUACGUUUUCUUUCACUGAUGCCACUGAUUUGAGUACCCCAAGUUAUGCGAAGCGGCGCUUCAUGCUUUCGAACUACACUAUCGAGUCGACAGGGAGCGAAGUCGACCUUCAGGGCGCCCAGCUGGUUAUGACAGUCGUAGGCGCUGGAGGUGGCGAAGUUUGGCUAUUGAAAUCGGUCGAGAAUAGUCGUGAUAAGUGGGAACUCGAUCCUCCUGCCGUUUUCAUCAUUCCUGGGACAUCACUUACAGCGUUGGAGAUUGUUUUUGUGCUGAGGAAUGGAGAAGGGCAGGAUAUAGGACAUGCACGUAUCGAGUCGGGUGAGUUGGACUCGCUCGUCUUUGAUGUUCGAAGGAAGGGAAAGCAAGACGUCGCCCGCGAUUUCUCGAUUCCGAACGCCGUCGAAGGAACCUUUCUCCGAGUAUCGAUGGAGUUCGACAUCAUGAUUGACCCCGCCAUCCACCCCUUCGACAUGUCUGAUCCAGAUGCCCUCGAAGCUCGUUAUGUCACCUGGAUCAGAACUAUCUAUGGGAUUACUGGGCAAUUCAGGGUCCCAGGAAAGGUCCAGGAGGCGAACGACUGUAUCUCCUUCCUGCGCUCGGCGAUGCACUCUGUGUCCAAGCUCAACCCUUUCACCACUCACCUCACUGCUCUGCUUGCUAUGACGCUGAACUAUCGAUUCAAAAGCACUGGGAAUACCGACGACCUUAAUGAUGCCAUCGACAAUCAGGAGCGUCUCCUGGAGGCAAUGGGAAGGGCCAACCAGGAUACCAGAAUUCAAUGUCUGACGGAUCUUGUCGCGAUGCUCCGGAUGCGACAUAGUCUUUUCAAAACCUCGGAGGACUUGGAUAGGGCAGUAGCCGAGGCCAAAUCUGCGACGGUGGAAGCUGGGGAGAACGUCAGCAAUCUGUUAAAGUCGACGGAGAGUCUUGUGGCAGCGCUCGUCACUCGUCAAACCCUUGAAGAUCUGGAAGAGGCGUCGAAUGCACUUGAACGACUCGUCGAGUUUAUUCCAGAAGACUCACCGGUGUAUCGACAGAAGCUGGUACAACUCGGCGCGAUACUCGAUUUGCGACAUCAACCUUCGCGCGACGAUGAGAUCUUUGCGAAGAUGUACCACUGGCAGUCACGGCUUGUACAGCUUACUCCAGACGACGACCCAGGAGUGGUACCGAAUCUUCGGGCGCUACAAGAGAUUUGUUUGCAUCGUGGGCUCGUCAAGGAACCCGACGACGCUCAGAGCCUCGACCACGCAAUUGAGCUCGCCAGGACUAUUCUCCACCUACCUUUCGAGUCCAUGGUCCACCACCCACCAAUCACCUUCACACGACAGAGUAUCCAGAUCGACCUUGCGCACUGUCUACAUCAGAGGUUUCGGCGAGCGAAGUCUGGCGAUCGGUCUGAUGUUGACGAGGCCAUCGAGAUUUAUACGGAGGUGGUGGAUAAUUUCGAAGGGGAGGAAGGUCAAUAUCCGAUGGAGCUUCUAUCGUUGGCGAACUGCUACGAGUCGCGGUAUGAACGGUUGUUUCUCCUGGAGGAUAUCGUCGAGGCGAUUAGCUACGGGAAGAAAGCCAUCAAUCUCAUGACGGACGCCAACCACCCUCGUUUCACGGAUGCGCUGGGUUCGCUUGUUCAGUAUCUUCACAAGGCGACUGACCGUACGGAGAGAGCGGAGUAUGUUGACGAGGCAGUCGCGGUUGCGAGGAGGGCUCUUGAUCUUGCUCCGGAAGGCCAUCCCAAGCAUGAUUUCUACUCCUACAGCUAUGCCAUGGCCUUAGCCUCCCGGUUCGAGCGAUAUGGGGAUCUACAUGACAUCGAAGAGGCGCUUCCGAUCCUACGCCGCCUGGUGCAGCACGUCCCGGAGACUGAGAGGGUCCACGCACUGUACGUCGGUGGACUUUCGACAUGCCUUCUCCAUCGUUUCAGCCAAUCGCAGGACCUGGCAGACCUCAACCAGUGUAUAUCGUAUCAGCAAAAAGCCAUCUCGUUCAUCCCUGAAGACGACGAAAACAGGUUGAUCUCUCUCAGCACCUUGGCUAGCGCCUACCAGCUGCGAUACAACAUUACGAAGGAGAACUUGGAUAUUCUCGAGGCUGUUUCCGUUUCGCGUCAAAUCGUCGAGGGAACGCCGAGCGGUAAUCCAUUGUUGCCGAGCCGACUGCACAACUUUGCAGCGGUCCUCUAUACCUAUUACAACGGGGAGAAGCACACUGCGGACUUGCAGGCGGCUAUCAACGCUGUUGUGCGUGCGAUGGGGUUGUGCUCGCAGGAGGAUCCUGCUUAUCCCAAGCUUUUGGUGUUCGGGUCGUCGUUGAUGAUGGUGUGGAUUACAGAUACCAAGCCGGAGGGGGAUCUCUUGAAGUUUAUGGAUGAGCCGAUUUCGUUCCUCAAGAACGCCCUUGAUCACCUUCCUGCUGGGCACCCUGAGCGCGUGGUCACCCUCAAGAACCUUGGGAAUGCAUACCGUCGUCGGUUCAAUGCGGGACAUGAUGUCGAGGAUGUCAAGACUACUAUAUCUUACCUCAAGGAGGCUGCCGAUAACACCUCGGUGGAGGACGCGGAUAUUGCCUCGAUAUGGUUGACCCUUGGUCACGACCACGUCAGGGUGUACGAGGCGGAGAAGAAGAAAGAGGAUCUCGACAUUGCUAUCUCGUUUUAUCGGAAAGCGGCUACUUCGACUGUUGGUUCUCCAGAGACUCGCAUGCAUGCGGCACGGUGGUGGGCAGUGUUCUCUAUCGAGGCUGGUCAUCCUUCCGACGACACGCUCGAGGCUUUCGGCAUCGCCAUCAACCUCCUCUCGCGUGUGGCAGAUCUGGAGCUCACGGUUGAGAACAGGCAUAGCCGACUUUCGAACGCAUCUCAUCUUUCGCUCGAGGCUGCUGCCACGGCGCUCACGUUUAGUCGGCCGGACAAGGCGCUGGAAUGGUUGGAGCAGGGCAGGUGUUUGGUUUGGAGCCAGAUUAACAACCUUCGGAAACCGGUUGACGAGCUGCGAGAUCGGGAUCCUGGGCUUGCGGCGAGGGUGGUGCGGGUGUCGAGGGAUUUGGAGCGUGCGGCGGCGAGGAGGAAUAAGAUGGAGCUGCAGCUUAAUCCGAAGCUGUACGAGAAGGUGUCGUUGCAGAACGAGAUUACGCGGCAUGUACAGCUUGCGAGGGAGUGGACGGAGCUGUUGAAGACGGUCAGGGGGAUGCCUGGGUUCGAAGAGUUUCUCUUGCCGGAACCGUGCUCGAGGUUGCUCAAACACCUCCCUUCGUCCGGUGUCGUCGUGGUCAUCAAUGUCUUCCGAUCUCGAUGUGAUGCUCUCGUGCUUUCCUCUGGCUCCGAUACACCACUUCAUAUACCCCUCCUGGAGUUCUCGCUUUCAAAGGCGGAGAAGCUACGAGAUUCUUUGAAGAGGAGGCUGUCGUCGAGUGGUCUGCGCAUGCGCGAGGCGUUUGACCAAGCGGGGGAUGAACGCGCCUUUGGCCCCAAGUCGAAGCUCAACGGCAGGUUGGCCCGCGAGAACGUUUUGGCCGAUGCUUUGCGGCAACUCUGGAUUUGCGUGGCCAAGCCUGUUCUUGAUGUGUUGGAAUUACCUCGAGCUAUCUUUCCUACGAAGCGAAUCUGGUGGUGCACUACGGGUCCCCUCGCAUUUCUUCCUCUCCAUGCAGCUGGUAUCUACGGAGCCGGAAAGGAGAACAUCUGUGUCGCUGACUUUGCCGUUUCUUCGUACGCACCUACGGUAUCUUCGAUUACCGAAAGAGUCAGGAAGGGCGCUGUACCACCCGUAGAGAGCCAGGGGCUCUUUUUGGUCAGUCAGCCGUCGGUACAGGGCCUGCCCCCUAUCCCUGGUACUACGAAGGAAGUCAAGAAGAUUUCCGACCUGGCCAGUACACACGCUAUUCGAAAUCUCUCUCUGGAAGGGAAAGAUUCUCCAGUCGACGUUGCGUUGAAGAAGAUGGCAGAGUAUAGUUGCAUCCACUUUGCAUGUCACGCUGUCCAAGACAUGGAAGACGCGCUGGAAAGCGGUUUCUUCAUGUACGACCGCCGACUUAACCUCUCCACCAUCAUCGAGAGUAACCUGGAGAAUUCGGAUUUGGCGUUCUUGUCGGCGUGCCAGACGAGUGCGGGGAAUGAAUCAUUUGCGGAGGAGGCAGUGCAUCUGGCGGCAGGGAUGUUGGCUGCUGGGUAUAGAGGCGUUGUGGCUACGAUGUGGUCUAUUGCGGAUGGGCAUGCGCCGAUGGUUGCGGAGGAGUUUUAUCGGAGGCUUUUCGAGGGAGAGGCUGGAGGGGAAGAUGGAGGUGGGGCCUGUGGUUCAGGAAUUACCGGGUCUGCCGCUGCUUUUGCUCUGCAUUAUGCUGUCGGGAGGUUGAGGGACUCGCUUGAUGAGUCGGAGGCGUCACUUCUUGCUUGGAUGCCGUACGUUCACUUCGGGUUGUAA